GUAUUCUUGUUAAAAACUAUAAUAAUGAUAAUUUAAAAAAUCAUAGAAGAAGAACUUGUUGCACGUUCGACAGGUUUGGAUUUGCCGCCACUAGCAACUUCUGUCCAAGACUCUUUAAAAGGCCGUCGCUGGAGAGGUGUGGAGAACCUGGGCUUUGGAAUGUUGCAUGCAGAUAUUUUCAGGUAUGGACGCACAUGCCAGCCUGCAGCCUGUCCUGCUCCCAGCUGCAGGUAGCUAGCCGUCCCUCGCAGAGCAUCCUCUCCGACUGGGCCGUUCCCUUCCACCGGGACCUCGCUCUGAACCUCCGGGACCUUUUAGAGUCCCCGCUGGCCCUGUCUGAGCUGCACCCUCCUGGUGGGACAGCAUGGGAGAACGGCGCACGCGCUCUUUUCACAUGACCUGCCACGCCCAGCGGGACUAUGGCAGCCGGACGAGCGGUUCUUUUUUAGGUUGCAGCCCCAAUGGACACGCGGGCGUCAGCCUCAGCCUGGACCACGAGAUGAACCUCGCCGCCUCCGUUGGAACCAACACCACCAGCAGCAGCAGCACUGCCCUCCAGGUUCCUGCUCCCCCCGUGGUCAGUCAGUACUCUCCCGUUUCACUUGAACUGGACCCGGCAGCGGUGAAUAAUGGACCAGGCGUUCCCCGCUGCUUGCCACCUGACACUAAGGACCCGGCGCUCCAGAUCGUGCAGGGCCAGUCCUCCGGGGGGCCCGCCCCACCGCCGCUCCCCCGCUCAAGCUGGCUCCGCCAUCAUCAGAAGGAGUUCCAGAGCCCUUACAUCAAGACCAGCAUGCAGGGAGAUGUUUACAACUUCCUGGAAAGACCUGCUGGACUGAAAUGCUUCCUCUACCACUUCCUCGUCUUCCUCAUGGUCCUGGUGUGUCUGAUCUUCAGCGUCCUGUCAACUAUAGAACAAUAUGCAGACUUUGCCGCUGGAACUCUCUUCUGGAUGGAGAUUGUGCUGGUGCUGUUCUUUGGCACGGAGUACGUGGUCCGGCUGUGGUCGGCAGGCUGCCGCAGCAAAUAUGCAGGCAUCAAAGGACGCCUCCGCUUUAUCAGGAAGCCCAUAUCAAUCAUAGAUCUGAUCGUGGUCAUGGCCUCCAUCAUUGUGCUCGGCAUUGGGUCCAACGGCCAAGUGUUCGCCACAUCUGCCAUCAGGGGCAUCCGCUUCCUUCAGAUCCUACGCAUGCUGCACGUGGAUCGUCAGGGAGGAACCUGGAGGCUCCUGGGCUCCGUUGUCUUUAUUCAUAGACAGGAGCUGAUCACCACCCUGUACAUUGGCUUCCUGGGCCUGAUAUUUUCCUCCUACUUUGUGUACUUGGCCGAGAAGGACGCUGUGGAUGAGGAGGGCAAGACAGGCUUCUCCAGCUAUGCUGACGCCCUUUGGUGGGGAGUGCUUGAUUGUGCGACGCCACCGUUCAGCACAAACGCAGCUCUUCAAAGUAUCUCACCUUACACCAGCGGCUUUGUGCUGGCGCACAGCGGUGGCACCCUCAGUGAUACCCCACCGACACCCACAGCAAGCCAAGUGCGCUCUGAAUGUGCCGGAGCUGGCUCGGCUUUCAGAGUGGUGUACAUGCAAAUGCGAGAGGUGACUGUCACCACCAUUGGAUAUGGAGACAAAAUCCCUCAAACGUGGAUAGGAAAGGCCAUCGCCUCCUGCUUCAGCGUCUUUGCCAUCUCCUUCUUCGCUCUUCCUGCUGGCAUCCUGGGCUCAGGGUUCGCUCUGAAAGUUCAGCAGAAGCAGAGACAGAAGCACUUCAACAGACAAAUCCCUGCUGCAGCCUGCCUCAUCCAGACACUUUGGAGAUGCUACGCAGCAGAGAAACCAAACGGCUGUGCUGCCACAUGGAAAAUGUACGUGCUAACUCCAGAGGGUGUCGCAGCAGCACAGGCAGACAAUGGCAGUCCAAGCAUAAAGAAACUUAACCUUGUGAAAAAGGGAACCAGGAGGAGAUCGAAGUCCAGGGGAAUGGGAUCAAUAGGCGUUGCGUCUGAAAGAGCUUUAUCGAUCCCUCAGAUCACUUACGAUCACAUUGACGACUCAGCUGAAAAGAGGGAUGUCCCAUAUUUCCUCGAAGAGUCAAGGGGAACAGUUGAAGUGAAGAGAGGCCGUGAAAAACGCUCGUCCGUAGAUAUCUCCCGUGCCUGCAGCUUAUCCGACGAGCUUGAUGACACCAGUGAAGAUAUUCCCCUGCGUGUGGUUACCGACAGGACUCAACCUUUCUUCCUGAUCAUAUCUGAAAUGUAA